UCAUCACUAGAUUUUACUUAUAUAUUAGAUAUAGCUAUAAAUUAUAAUGUGCGAUUAGUUCCUUCACCCUUUUCAACUGUUUUGUUCUUUUCAUUGCUCAUUUUUAUACCAUAUCACUGAAAUUAUAAACUAAUGAUCAAUUCAACCCAUAAACCUUUUUAUUUCUAUCCAAAUUAAUCCAAACAUUCCAGUCUUAAAUAUUAUAAUAUAUCAUUAAUCUAAGCAAUAUUAUUAUUAUAAAUUAAAAAAAAUUUUUAGUAAAAUAAAUCAUAAUCUUAGUAAUCGAAACAAAAAUUAAUAAAAAUUAAAGAUUCUAAAAGUAAGAUAAAAUUCCAACUAUAAUAGAAGAUUCAAACUUCCUAUCCAAACCACCGUCGUAAUAGAAUAUUCAGAUCUAAACGGAAUAUUUCAUUGUAGUAGAAUAUUUUAUUGUAAGAACUUGAAUUUGGAUGUUUUAAUAAAUAAUAUGAUUACAACGGAAUCAAUUCUAUCUUGGAUCAUUGAGUUAGUAAAUUAGUUUAAGAUGGACCAGUCUUCAGAUUCCUCCGAGGGUGUGAUUCCUCCUCCCGUCCCUAACGAGACAGAGUUAGUAGUAAAGAACUUCAGAGACAACGUUAUAGGACGCUUGUCGAUGUUAAUUCAGCGAGGAGAGUCGCUAGAGAAGAUAAAGGAGCAGUACUCUGUGGGCAUAUAUUCAGAGUGGAAAGAGCUUCCGAACUUUGUGUUCAGGAUAAUGUUAUUUCCCGUAUGUCCACAUACUGAAGAUUCCUCGAGUCUGAACCACCUGAAGAUAAGUGCCUACAUUGAGGCGGCAAAGAGGCCUGACUGGCCUGAAAACUGGAUCUGUUACGGCACUCGCUUCACUAUAAUUCUUAUUAACUUUUCUGAACCACACUCGUCAAUUUUUAAGCGUGAUAGCUUUAAUUUUUCCAGGGUUGAAACUGACCGAGGCUGGCAGGGAUUCAUUUCCCUAGCUCAGAUUUUAGAGAAUGGAUUCCUGAACAGAGACGGUGACCUAGUUAUUAGGGCCGGAGUUUAUCCCACAGGUCCUGAACUCGACCGUUCAGCACGGGAUCCACACUACAAUUCCAGGGCAGCAACGGGUUUCGUUGGACUUCAAAACCACGGCGCCACAUGCUACAUGAACGCUCUUUUACAGAGUCUAUACAGUAUUACCAAGUUUAGAAAGUCAGUUUACAGCCUUAACUUUGAUCUCAACACCUUAAUCGGACAGAAAUCAUUCCAGAUUAUUCAAAAAUACGCCAAUAGUGUCAAUUUCGAGGAUGUUGCUGCCACUCUGGAGGAUGACAAAGUUGAUUUAGAUAACGCCGAUUUACAGAGUGAUAAAGUUGAGUUAGACGAUAAAGUGGAGUUAGAUUCUCUUAAAGUGGAGUUGGAGGAAGAAAAAAUUGACUUAGAUACCCCUAACGCUGAGUUACCGGACGAUAAAAUUGAACUGGACAAUGGGGCCACCGAGGUACCGAGUGAAAAAAUUGACUUAGACAGUGACAAAGUCGAGUUAGACGAUAAACUUGAGUUAGAUGAUAAAGUGGAGGAGAAGAUGGAUUUGGAUAAUCCAUACCCUGAGAGUAAUUUACCAACAGUUAGGCCAUUGGAUUAUUCAUACAUUUAUGGAUUUGACUUGAACUGGGAUGAGGUGUUGGAUGAGCUGGAGGAGAAGGAUUACUGUAAUUUAAUAUUAGAGGAGGAGGCUGAGAGAAGGAAGGCUCCAUCUUUGAGUCUAGCAUUACAGAAUUUGUUUUACCUGUUAAACUACUCUGACACUCCGCCAGCCUGUAAGGAGUUGAUGAAGUCGUUUGGCUGGGACAGCUCAGACAUGUUCACGCAACAGGACAGUCACGAGCUACUGAAAUUACUGUUAGAUAAGAUGGAGGAGCAGAUGAAGGGCACACCCGUCGAAGGAAGUGUAAAGAACAUUUUCGAGGGUGAGAUGGAGACUUAUAUUGAGUGUAUUGACAUUGAUUACAAGUCUUGUCGUAAGGAGACAUUCGAGGACAUCCAACUUGAUGUCCAGGACUGUGAAAACAUCUACGAAUCACUUGACAAGCUUACAGCGCCAGAACUCCUAGCAGGCGAGAACAUGUACGAGGCUAAGGGGCAUGGAAAGCAAAGAGCCAACAAGGGCAUAAGAUUCCUCAAGUUCCCCCCAGUUGUCAUAUUCCUUCUCAAGAGGUUCACUUUUGACUUGAGUAGAAUGGAUACCGUCAAAUUGAAUAAUCGCUUCGAGUUCUACAAAGAGAUCUCACUGUCAAAAUACAUACAACACGAUCCCACCAACACCGAAGAUGUUGAUGGCGAUUAUGUAUUGCAGGCUGUGUCGGUGCAUCACGGAUCUAUAAAUAGCGGUCACUACUAUGCGUUUGCAAAGAAUGAAGACAAUUGGUACAGAUUUGACGACGAGCUUGUGACUAAGGUAUCAGAAUACGCAGCGAUAAACGAUAACUUUGGCGGCGAGGACCAGGAUUGUUAUAACUACUUUACAACUAACCCGAGUAACCCGAGCAUCUACAGUAACCACAUGAACCGUUACAGAAGAAGUAAAGUGUACAACGCCUACAUCUUAAUCUACGUGCUAAAGAGUAAGAAGGAUGAGAUUCUGGGCGAGGUUGACAUGUUAAAGGAGAACUACCAGAUGCUAAGUCGCUAUAGAAUACAAAGACUAUUACACUGUUUACGCUCUAAAACAAGAGAAAGGUUGAAUAGUUUUGUCAAGGUUAAGGUAUUUACGCCUGAAGACUUUGAAGGUAAUAUAUUACUCAACCAACACUUCAAUACUUGGCCCACUAAACUUGUACUCAAACACGACAGGUUCAUCUCACUGGCAAACUUGUUCUCUCAAAUCAAUUCUAUCCACGCGGAUAGUGCCGGCAUGGAAACCAACGAUGCGGAAAAUCACGUGGACACCGGCUUAGACGAAGAUUUAUGUGUAAAUUAUUAUGUCCUAGGGUUAAAUAAGCAGUUUAAUAAGUUCCUGAGUAUCGGCGACUUGAAAUACAAACAUAAAAUAUCCGUCGAGACUAUAUCAGAUUUGGUCCAGCUUCUUAGGAGAGAGUAUUACCAGCAGUUUGACCCAACGCUUUAUUUGCUGAAAACGAGUUCCUCUGCAGUUGACUCUCAAGAGGCUUUUAGCCCCAAGAGCAGUUCGAGUGGGAUUUUUACACCAACAAUUAACAUCAGUUCGACAAGUUUGAUGCAACGUUCAGCUUCUCUUUUGGGUUCUGCAGGACUACUUAGGCCAUCCACACCACCAGACGAGAAAACCUUCAUAGUCAUCAAGUAUUACGACAUUUUCACGAAGGACUAUGAGAAUAAUCUUAAAUGCCUGAAAAUGGUACAUAUCAACCCGCAGAGAACUGUGUCACAGCUUGUGCCAGUGGUGGUCCAACAGCUGAUCCACUUCAUGUCAAAUGACGUUGUGACGCCCUACAGAUUAAAGGACCUUAAUAAGCUAUUGGAGAGUAUUAACUCUGGAAGACCAGUGUCCGAGGAUAACUUGGCAAACACGUCAUUUGAGAGUAUCACAGUGGAAAGUCCACCCAAGUCUGAUACUGAAGAUACCAAUGGAUCUCCUCCAAACAGUGAUCCCAACUCCCUAACAGAUGUAGAACUGUCAAGUGUCAACAGAACCAACAACAAUUCCACAGAGAAUGGAAUGGAUGAGGAUAGGAGAAUUGACAUGUUGAUGAGGAGUGAGUCGUUGCAUUUGUAUUGGUAUGUGGAGGUGGAGAGUAACUUUUCGAACUUGAUGGUACACAAGAGGUUGGACGACCAGUUGGGGAAUGCAGACGUCCUGGUGUGUAACUUCAGACCGACGGAUGAGAUGAGACAGGAGAUUGAGCAGGUGGAGAAGAAGACUAACCAGAAGGAGGACUUUGAAACCACCAAGCCCGCGAUUAAGCUGGAGGGUACAAGUAACUUUAUCAUCUCCUGCUCAGACUCGUAUUUGACGAGUAUGGGUCUAGAGCCUGACGAGUCACUAAACCAGUACCGCAGUCUGAAGCAGAAAUGGCAAUUGGAGCGAGAAAACAAGUUGAAACUGCACCAGCUGUACAACUUUAGCAUCUACGACUACCCAAGCUUCAUUCAGUGGAAACUCAAUAACAUCCAAGUGACCUUCAAGAUGUACGACCCGCUGCAACUUCUGUCCACCUGGAAAAACUGCUCAAACUCCGUUAUCCACAUAAACGACGGUGAUCUUAACGGUGACGGCGCUGAGAAUGCCAGUUUGGUGGAAAAUAACUCGGUGGAAAGUAACCUGGACAGCAGUGUGAAGAGUGUUGACCUGGUGGUGGAUUUGAGAAUGCCGUGUAAGCACGUGUUGAGAUAUGUGAGUUGGCUAUUCGGAGUGGAUCCCUGUCACGUGUUAAUAUUCAGCGGAAAUCCUCAGAAUUUCGAGACCAUAGGUUCUCACUUGUAUUCUCUAGAUGAUUUCUCCAAUAGGGACAACUCUCUAGGGUACACGCAGAAACCGUUGAUACACUUGUUUACCAUCCAGGGAAACUUAGUUAUGCCAAAUAACUUAAACCUGUACCACAACCCGGCAAGUGCUAGACUUUCUCAAAGACUGUCACAGUCACUCUCGUAUGACCCAACGGUACAUCCUGAGAAUGCUGAAAAUGCUGAUAACAGUGACCAGGCAGACGAGCUGGACAAUGUCAUGGAUGAAGAUUAUGACUUGGACGAGGAGUAUGAUGACGACGGGUACGGUAGGAGAACCGGAAGAUAUAACCUAAGACGUCUGAGUGCCUUUAGACGUUCCCAAACCCAUGAAGAGAACGUGAUUCACCUGGGCAUGCUGUUUGAGCCUUACUACAAGUGGAACUUCAAGUUUGACCAGGAAUCAGCAAAUGUCGUGGCUCAACUGUUUAACGAGAAAGCGCAAGUGAUUUCAGCACUAAUGUUCAAAGUACCAAUCAAGUUCACCGUAGCCCAACUCUGCAAAGUUGUCUCAAACUACUAUAACAAAGCACUAAACCCUAAUAACAAGGUUAAACACAGUGUUGAUCCAACUAAGAUUGAGUCUAAGAUUGAGACUAAGAAUGAGCACCCGGCAUUUUUGUUGGUGGAUGUGAUCACUUGUGUGUACAGCAUAGUGGACAUGGACACAAACGUUUUAGACUUGCCGCAGUACAAUAACAACAGUGUGCGUAACCUCUUCUCUGCUCCGCUGAGGUUUGUGCCAAAUUGGGCCCCUGAACAGUACGAACUUAUACAACAGAAUAAGUUAUGUCCACUCACAGUGUUCCACCAGACUCCAGACCACGAGUACUUUGGACACCCGUUCCAAGUGCUGGUUGCUCCCACUUGGAACUUCCUGCAGAUUAAAACUCACAUCAAGAACACGCUGGAAGUGCCAAAGAAACUAUGGGAUCGAUGGACCUUUUACCAAGUCACAGAGUCACACGCGCGGUCCUGGAAGUCAAACGAUGAUUUCCUAGACUGGGAUAACCCGAACAUUAAACUGCUCGCAGAACACCCCAAACCCUACGAAAAAUCCAAAACAUUCGGAAUCAUGAAAAUCACCUAAUGUAACAUACUAUUACACA